AUGACUCCCGAGAGUGAAAUAGAAGAAGAUUCUCCUAUGAAUGUCCCACUGAUAGGUGUUGGAAGAUUAGAACCGCUUCCCUACGUGAAGACCAUUCUUGUCACUGGCGUUGCAGGUUUCAUUGGAAGCUGGAUGACCCGUCAUCUAAUCUAUCAAUACCACAACAACUACAACAUCAUUUGCCUCGACAAGAUGGGCAAUGUCUCCUCCAUCAACAACAUACUCGAGCUGAUCCAAUUUUCAAGCUUUAGAUUCAUCCAUGGCUUCAUCACCAAUCCAAAGACAGUUUCUUUUGCACUGGAAGCUUACCAGGUUGACUGUGUCAUGCACUUUGCGGCCAGUGGCCAUGUGCAGAACUCCUUCGAAGACCCGUUCACUUUUACCGAGAAUAACGUUAUGGGCACGCAUGUGCUCCUAGACGCAAUCAAAAACAAUAGCAACAUAAGUUUGGACAUCUUGUUUUCUUUUUCUACUCCUUGGCUACCAUAG